GUUAGCAAUUAGUGUGGGGAGGGGAGGCGGGAGAGGGACGGAGGCGCACGCACAUUUCUCCGGCACAGGCCCAACAAACACCGCCAAAAAACGGCCUCUCCACUGCUGCUUGCACACCAUCGCACACUCGAGAGGGAGGAACGGAGGUGGACCGUGUUGCCACCCCCAAACUAGGUCUGUGGCCUGCUGUGGCCUGCCAUGGCGUGAGCCAAAUCCUGGCACCACUGGAUGCCGCAUUGGAGAACUCUUUGGAGAAGUUUGCUUGGGCUGAAGCCCAAGAGUUGGAGGAGUGCGCCAAGGGAGAAGAGGGAGGCCGCGCAUGGGGCAAGGAAGGAGACCAAACAGGGCUGGGAUGUCAGCACCAGGGUGCAUUGGAGGCCACAGCGUCGGUGGAGGCAGAGAGCUCCUUUUGCUGAGCAUUGGCGCAUGAGGCAGUGCUCCAUCAGUGCUAGCGUGCAUUCAAGGCUGGAGCAUCAUCUGAAGAGGAUAGAUCCAUUUUCUACAAGUCGGCACAUGAGAACAUACAUGCUGUGUGUGCUUUGGACAAGAGCUCCCUUUGCUGAGCUUCGGCGCAUGAAGCAGUGCUCCAUCAGUGCUAGCCUGCAUUGAAGGCUGGAGCAUCAUCUGAAGAGGAUAGAUCCUUUUUCUGCACAUCAGCACAUGAGAACAUACAUGGUGUGUGCUUUGGACAAGAGCUCCCUUUGCUGAGCAUCGGCGCAUGAAGCAGUGCUCCAUCAGUGGUAGCGUGCAUUGAAGGCUGGAGCUUCAGCUGAAGAGGAUAGAUCCUUUUUCUGCAAGUUGGCACAUGAGAACAUACAUAGUGUGUGCUUCGGACAACAGCUCCCUUUGCUGAGUAUCAGCGCAUGAAGCAGUGCACCGUCAACCUGAGGGUGCACUGAAGUCCGGAGCAUCGGCCAAGGAGGAUAGUUCCUUUCUACACGCAUCGGCACAUGAGAACGCGCACUGUAUGUCCUUCGGAUCAGAGCUCCCUUUGCUGAGCAUCAGUGCAUUGACACUUUGGAAACCAGAACUUGAGUGAUUGAGGAUGGACCACAUCUAAUGCCUUCCUUGGAGAAGUGGUGUGCUGAGCAUCUUUUUGCACAUGAGGAUGGACCACAGAUAGGACUUUGCUUUGAGGAGAAGUAGAGGAGGAACCAGGAAGAAGCACCACCAGGAUGCUGCUGUUGUUUUUCUUCAGAGUCCCUCUUCUGAGGCACUCAUGUGCCGGGAUGUGGCGCAAUCAAGGGAGGCCUGCCAUGGCCAGAUAAGAAGCACCUGGCAGUUUCUGCAACAUUCCUGACCAGCUUGGAACUGGAGCAUCAAGGAGCCAUUGGACUCGUGGCAAGGAGAUGAUGAAAGACGACGACUUAGCUGGAGAAGAAGAAGAGAUGCCCCCGUUUAGAUACAGGCCGAAUGGCCGGAUGCGGACCAAUUGCACCCAGUGCGAGAAGACACUAACGCUCCAAACGUCGGUGAAAAUCCUCUACUUCUUCAUCGUCUUGCUAGUGGUCACAGUGGUGGUGCUGGCUGCAUUGGUUUUCAAAAAGGUGGACUCCAUCGCUGGCGACGUUGACUCCACUCAGGCCUACUAUGAGAAGAUGCUGAGUUCGGUCCAAGGGAACCUCCAGGAACUAGACCAGAAAUCUGCUGGCAACUGCUCCUUGUGCCACGAAACGGCUCAGAUCGGGCUUGAAAUCAGCAAACUACAAGCAGGGCUGGAGGAGAUCCAGAAGAAACUCUUGGCCCAAGAGGCUUUGCUGGACCGGGCCGGGCAGACCCACCGGCAGCUGACCUCGGCCAGCAACAAGCUGACCGAGGAGGUGGACGCUUGCUUCUUGGCCCUGCAGCAGGUCAACCAGAGCCUGGGCCUCUACCUGGCGCAGGUGCGGGGCUGGCAGGCCGUCUCUGCAGAGCUGGGUGGCUCCUUGAAGGAACUUUUGGAGGAGUGCUUCGACAUCCAGGCGGCCGUCCAACAUAUGAACUUCUCCUCAGAGCAGGCCUCUGAGUGGCUGCGGGCCAUCCAGCGCAAGACUGAGGAGGAGACCCUGACCCUGCAGAGGAUGGUGGCAGAGUGGCAGGACUACACCCGCCUCUUCAGCAGCCUGAGGGCCACCUCGGCCAAAACUGGGGACUUGGUCAAGAGCCUCCAGAGCGGCCUGGGCAUUGCCUCACAGCGGAUCGGCCAGAACUCAGAAGGGAUGCACGACUUGGCCCUACAAGUGAUGAGUCUGCAGCUGCAGCUGGACAACAUCUCCUCCUUCCUGGACGACCAGGAGGAGAACAUGCACGACCUCCAGUACCAUGCCAGAUACACCCAGAACCGGACAGCGGAGCACUUUGAGACCCUGGAGGGGCGCAUGGCUUCCCACGAGAUCGAGAUCGGCACCAUCUUCGCCAACAUCAAUGCCACUGACAGCCACGUCCACAGCAUGCUCAAGUACCUGGACGAUGUGCGGCUCUCCUGCACGCUGGGCUUCCACACACAGGCCGAGGAGCUCUACUACUUGAACAAGUCGGUAGGGCUCAUGCUCGGCACCACAGACCUCCUGCGGGAGCGGUUCAGCCUGCUCAGCGCCCGCCUGGAUUUCGACAUCCGCAACCUCUCCAUGGUCAUGGAGGAGAUGAAGGUGGUCGACGUCCGGCAUGGGGAGAUCCUCUGGAACGUCACCAUAUUGCGAGGUGUUCCUGGCCCGCCAGGCCCCAGAGGCUACCGCGGAGACCUGGGCAUCAAGGGCCCGCCAGGAAGCCGAGGGCCGAAGGGCGACCCGGGCAGCGUGAGCCCUCCGGGGCCAAAGGGGUCGCGAGGCGUUGCAGGGGACCCAGGCCCUCCAGGCGAGAGGGGGCCGCCGGGCUCCAAGGGCCUCCCUGGAUUCAAGGGGGCCAAGGGGAGCUUCGGGCAGUCCGGGGCCAAAGGGCAGCCGGGCUCCAAAGGAGACGUGGGCCCCCAGGGACCCGAGGGAAAGCCGGGACCGGACGGACCACCAGGGCUGGAAGGCAAACCGGGUAUCCCAGGAAAGCCGGGUGAACCGGGGCCGAUGGGGCCGACGGGGCCGAAAGGAGACCCCGGGUUGAGGGGUCGGCCGGGGUUGCCAGGCCCCCCGGGACCUCCAGGACCUUCGGGAAUAUGAACGUCUUUGGGGUCCUCUUUCCUUGGACCCCUUGGAGUGCUGCUCCCCAUUCAGUGAUGCCAAAUGCAGCCACCGCCUGGAUGCUGGACCUUGCUGCAUAGACUCUGCACUGACAAAUGACCAUUAUGGGGGAAAUUCGCCGGGUUUUCUUUGAGAGGGGCACCCCUUUUUGACUGCUGUUCCCCUAAAUUCAGCUGCUGCCUGACUUCAAACCCUGCCCCAUCGAUGCCCUUUCCCGAUGGCUUAUUUUGGGAGGAAAAUAAGGACUGGUUUCCCCAGUUCUUUCCUCUGCAAUGGAUCUUAUAGAAGUACUACACCAAUUCUGCAAGCUUGACAUGGAAAGGCAGCACAUCUCUUUGGCGCACCUGCUGCUCCAUCACCUGUACUGCUUUCUACCUGUGCUCCCUGCACAAGAUAUCUUUGCUUUGCCUCCACGGGACCCACAAGGAGCAAAGAGGAUAUUUACAAAGGGGAAAAUUUCAUGCACACCUGAUUCAGAGCAUGAAGCAGAUGUGCAAUUGGGAAUCAUUACACAGAAGAAUAUAUAAAGAGGGAUGGGGUGCAAGGAAGGCUUGUCCUUCACUGGGUUGUUGUCGGUUUUUCGGGCUAUACAACCAUGUUGUAGAAGCAUUCUCUCCUGACGUUUCGCCUGCAUCUGUGGCAGGCAUCCUCAUUCUACCAUUCUAGAAUCCUACGCAUUGCAAGAAAAGUGAUUGCACCAAAAUACUAAGAUGAGCUGCCAGCGGUGGCCCUAGGUAAUUUUCAGUGCUAAGCAAACAGUAUUUUGGCGCCCCCCCCCCCAACC